AUGACUUUUCCCAAAAGCAAAAAUGCAUCCUCCUCCAACCACGUGAAUUACGCUGCGACUCAGAAUCAUGAUCCGCAAUUGAACGAAAUUGCCAGCUGCAACAAGUUCUACUCUUCAUCUUCAACUCAAAUUUUCGACGAGUUCAUCGAUUCGAGCUGUUUGAUACAGAAUCCGGCACGACGGUCAUUCGAAGUCGACAUCGAUUUCACAGUUAUGACGGUGUAG